AUGUCGAAUCAGCCCCCUUUUACGGACACAAGCUCAGCUACGCCGACCUCUCACUCAUCCGACCUUCCCCAGGCGCGACCCGCAGUCGUCAUCGAUCAUCGCUUCUUCCCUCACAUCAUCGACCUUAUCAUCUCUUUCCUCUCAUACCCCGGCCUCAUCCACUGCUCCAGCGUCUGCAAAAGCUGGAGAAAGUACGCUCAUCGCCAUCUCAUCCGUCAUGUCGCCGUCUUUGAGUAUAAGGAGGGGAAAGCGAAUGAGCCGGGAGCGGAGCGAGUGCUCGUAAGGAGCCGAAACCUUGAUUGGCCCACUGCCUCGACCACACUCAUCGACACUUUCAAAGUGCUUCAAACACGACCAAGCGGUGGGUUCUCCGUCUCAUUGGCCGAGGAGAUUCCAGCGACUCCUGGAGUCUGCUUCUCUGAUCCUACAACUGCUCCAACAUUACCGAAGCCCACUCCAUGGAGUGAUUGCGAGCCGUUUUUGGGGGAAAUCCACGACGCAGCCAAAAUUACCAUUAUACUGAAGAACUGUCUCAAACAGGGCCUCCCCAAGGACGCUCACACCCCAUGUCAUCAUGGGCAUCUGCAAGGGGAUGAGGCCAACCCCAUCCGUGAGCUGGGAGCUCUGUGCGAGCUUCUGUUCAAGAUCGCCAGUCAAGAUGUUACGGAGACGCUCAACGUCAUAGGCCUCGAAGAAAUUGUGACAGAGACAAGGCUGAAGCUCUACAUGGAGGACGUCUGUGAAGCCAUUGCGGGGGAGCUAGGCAUCUUGCGCCAUCCGCAUGACUGCAAUGGUUUCCCGUCCGUCGGUGCGUUUCUCGUCUUCUUCACCCAUGAGCAGUGCCGUACCGAGCAGGGAGAGAAGCGCUACCGUCAGUUGACAGUUCAAUGA